UAUAGAGAAUAUAGAUAGCUAACAGUGAUUUUGAGCAGUAUAGGGGAGUCCUCACCGUGUUAUUUUCUUUUCGUGUGAAAUAUUCUUUUCUGAUUAGCUCAUAUCGUCUUGAUAGAUACAUUUUGAUCCUGUCUACCAAGACGUUCCGCGGAUACCGCAGAAUUGAAUAAAUUCAACUUUUGGACGUGUUGGUUAUAGCUGGUUAUGGUAAUUUUCUUGUUUUCAUUUUAAUAAUAAAUUAAAUUACUAUUAACAUUUUCAUUUUUUAAUAAUUUAAUUUAAAAUUAAAUGUGAAUUAAUAUUCAAUUUCAAUACUAGUUUAAAUUCAAUAUGAACUUUCUAGAGAUAAAUAAUAACUUAUGUUAUGUAAUCGUAAAAUGUACAUUUUUUUAAGGGCAGAUAUACAUUUUAUGCAAAAAGUUUGUUAUAUUAAACACUUCACAAUGUACUUUUUUUGUGAUAUAAAAUCACAAACUAGUACUAAUAAGUACAAUAUCAAGUAAUUUUAAUGUAGGUUGUACGUAUUAUACGUUGUACGUAAUAUGAUUGAACGUUCUAAAAAUGUAUAACGUAACUAUUAAAAAUACCAAUAUAUUAGUAACAAAAAUUAAGUAAAAUAAUUUUAAUGUUUUAUUAUUAUUAUUAGUUAAUCAUAUAAUACAAGUAAACUAUAUUAAUUAAGUGGUCACAAUCAAAAAGAAAUAUAUUCGAGCAGCUUGCAGCCAUGGCUACAAUUUCGUUAUUAACCAUUUAAUAUUAAUAUAAAUUAUAUGUAAUAUAAUAAUUAACGAUUAUAUUAACUGAGUAGUAUCCUUAUCUAUUACCUUGUGGCCGCCAAAACCUAAUCUAUUUCUGAUAAAACUAUAAACAGGUUAAAAUACCUAAGGUAGCUUGGUUGAUAACUUGUUGAUUCAUCAAAAUGGGCGGUGCUAAAUCUUUCGCUGACGAAUUCCCCAGAAAUUGUGGAUAACGUUUCUGAACGUACCCUAGGUCAAAAUUGUAUCAAAUAAUUGGCGCAAAGUAAGAAGUGGUUUGAACUAUAUAUACCAUUGUCGUUUACAGGAAUUCCUACCUGUGAAUUCUGAGACACACCCCAAAUACUUUCUGAACGAGUCUAGCGACAGCCAACAACUCUGGGAGACAUUUCUAAAUGCACACCUGUGCUGUAACCACAGUUAUAGAUAGGUUCUUAGUUAUAACUUCAUGCUUCGUUGGAACCAUAAAGUAAUUACUCAAUGGUAAUGACUCAUAUAAUUGAAAUUGACUAUUAACAUCAUGAUUCAAUGAAGAUAAAAACGAGUUAUAGAGCGAAUCGUUCUUGAUUACCGAAUCUGAAUCACGAUUUAGGAUAUACUAUCUUAAACCGUGAUCUGAAUCAAUAUUCAAUUCGUUCAUUUGAAUUUUGAGUAAUUUGUUAAUUUUAAACAAACUAUCCAUCCCUAAAUUCUAUACAUAUUGACAGGGUUCACCGUUUAUGAGUUAUAAAUUACAACAGACAAUAAUUGAAAGUUUAGAACUGAGGAGUAGAGAAGAGUUAUAAAUCAGGCAUCUAAAACUUAUUAUUCACACAGACUAUAUGGAACUAUAUUUUAAACUAUAGUUAAUAAUACUCAAUAUAACUUAUAAACGGUAAAUCCAUUGUUAGUUUUGGCCGUGGAUAUGUCUAUCAAAAUUUGUAGACAAAUAUCUAAUCUGUGUUCAAAAUGGGGGGGGUUGAUAUUUGAAAAUCCUGUUCAACACUAUCGAUUAAUUUAUGGAAUUUUAGAGUUGGUGGAAUUACCAAACUAAUUUUAUUUUAUAUCUAUGAUAUUAUAAAUAAUUUUAGCAUAUAGUGUUGAACUAUUUGUUAUUAUAUAUAAGUAAUAUAUAUAUAUUAUACUAUGACUUAUGGCAGCUUUCCUCGUAAACUUAACGAGUCAAACAAAUACACCGUUUUUAAUAUUAAAAUCGGCCAACGGGCAAAUAUUGAGUUAAUAAAUAAAAAAUAUAAAUAUGGGUUGGAGAUGUUUUUCUUUGGUCAGGUGAUUUUUUUUCCGUUAAUCAUCUUUAGAAUAUUUUUAUUCCGAAUUACCGUUAUUUGGACUCCAGAAAAUUAUUGGUCUGUCUCUCGAAAAAACCUCGAUUAAUGGGCAAUUUAAUCCCAUAAAAAUGUAGUAGAAAUUAUAUUUGUGUUAAUUAUGUUCAACUGUAUUUAACGUUUUAAAUGUGUAAUUUGGGUAUAAAUCUAGUUUACGACUCAAGCUCGUUUAAAGGUUUUUUUCCCCAAAAUAUGUGUUUUUUAAUGCUUAAUCUAUUGGUAUUUAGUACAAUUAAAACUUACCUAUCAUACUUACUUUUAUAGUUAUUGUACAUAAACCUACCCACUUUUAAUACUGUUUUACUUUACCUUGUUACCUAUCCGACGUGGUUUUAAACAACAAAUAUAGUUAUCUUUGAUUAAAAUUGUGAGAUUAAGCGCUCCAAUCUAGUGACCGACCACCACCUUGAGUCUCUAGUUUUACCUGUAAUUCUACCUGCUUUUUCACUUUACCCUGUUACCUACUUAACGUGGUUUUAAACAACAAAUCGAGGGUUAUUUCGAUUAAACAUAUUGAGUGCAGAGAAACACGGCGAUUUUAAACAUUUGUAACACUAGUUCAUACUAAAUAUAAACCAGAUAGACUUAUAUCUGACUUCAAUAAAGAAACUUUGUUAUCAAAAUAUUAAUAACUACAAAUAAUAAUAAUAAAAAAAUCUCUAUUUUUGAUCACAUUUUGGAUUAAUUCCAAAAAUGCUAUUUUUCAAGGUUUAUGUAGGUACAAUAAAUUAUAAAAGUAAGUAUGAUACCUGGGUAAGUUUUGAUUAUAUUAAUGGAUUAAGCAUUAAAAAACACAUUUUGGACGAAAAAAAUGAGUAUUAAAUUCUAACGAAAAAAUACGUGAAACAGAAAACCAAGCUUGAGUUGUAAAUUAGAUUUGUUCAAUAAUUUGUGUACAUAUUACAUACCUAAGUACAUUUUAUAAUUCGAGCGUAGCGAGAAUGCUAUUGGUUUUACAAUACUGUUUUAUUUUAUUUUCUUCUUUGUUCUAGCCUGUGGACAUAUUUUUUCUUUGUAAACUUGCUCAGAUUUUUACGUGUAGCAACUUUUUUAAAAGCUCAGGUUGUCUAAAUGGUACUUUAAAAAGGUCUUUUUUUUUAUUUUCGACGCCAAUUUUUAAAUAAAAGCACUAAAGUGGGAAAAAACGUAGGAAAACGUACAAUUUCAUGAUUUCAUUAUUUUAUAAAAACACGGACGAUGUUUUCUACUAGGAAAAAUGUUUUAAUCGAAAAAUCACAAUAUACCUGUUUUGUUGCCUUUUUAAUUUACUUUCUUAUGGUAUCAUCGCCAAAACUUUUGAGCGUGUAAGGAAUUUUAAUUUUUGGGAGGUUUUUUGCUAUAAUUCGGUUAUAAAUACUCGUAGAGACUUGAAACUUGGUAAUAACACUUCUAUUGAAUCUACCUAGAGAUGGUAAAAUUUUAAAAAUCAAUGGACAACUUAAUAAGCAUUUUGAAAUCAAAUUUAAACGAAAAUCGCAAAAAAAAAUUACACUUCAAAUUAUGUAUUAUCGAACUGCGAUCAGAAUCGUCUUUCGUCAGUAAUAGUUUAUCGUUGCUUACAGAUAUAAAUGAAAUAAACUUAAGUAUCCUACCUUCCCAACUUUUCACCUACAACAGCACCCACGUGCGAAGUAUGUCCUUUUUUUGUAUUUUUAUCUGCCCCUCAACUUAACUCCUUUCAUGGUGUAUAGUACAUAAUGAAAUACCUACGUAUGUAAUAUAUAAUAUACAGUACACAUUGUAUAUCUCUAAUCUGUAUUAUGUUCAAAAUUUUAAAUGUUAUUACUUAUUCAAACAAAUCAUGAUUUGAAAAAUAAUAUAGAUACAUAAAUACAGUAUAGUUAUACUUAUCUUAAUUUUAAUUUAUCAAAAUUCAAAUCAAUGGUAAGGUAAAUACAAAAAUGCAUGUAUAAAUCAUAGAGUAAUAAUUCUCUGUGGUAUAGAUAAAUAUUGUACACUUUGCCAUCCUGUUGAUAAUUUAAUUCGGAGUGCUACACUGUUGCAGGCGAACCCGUAUUGCUGUCUGCCUCUGACUGGUAACUGCAUCCGCCGCCCGAAUUGGUAUCUUGGACCUCGGUAUUACUGUUUAGCAUUCUAUGUAAAAAACUGUCAUCAUUUUACAUAAAUUAUACCCGAAAAAAAAAAUUAAUAUUUAUAAUUUUAAAAACAUUGUAAUCUUAUUUUUAUUUUAACUUAAUUUAGUAUUAUGGAGUUUAAUUUAGGUGAUAGUCCAGUUACUUCACAUUCAUGGAAUGCAAACCGAACACGUAAGUUUUAUCUAAUUAUAUUACCAUAUUACAAAAUUGAUUUAUAUUUGUAUUAAAUUAUAUAGAAAUUGCUGUGAUUCCAAACAGUAAUGAAGUCCAUAUAUAUAAAUAUGAGCCUAGUGUCAGUGACUGGACAUUGUUAGAUAAUCUAGACCAACAUGGACUUCUAAUUACUGGAAUUGAUUGGGCACCAAAUACAAAUAGAAUUGUUACUUGUUCAGCUGUAAGUUUUUCUUAUUCAAUUUGUUGGUAGUUUAUUUUAAUACUUUUAGAACUUAAUAGGAUCGUAAUGCAUAUGUAUGGACAAUUGAUGACAAGGGAAAAUGGAAACCAACUCUAGUAUUAUUAAGAAUUAGUAGAGCAGCAACUUGUGUUAAAUGGUCUCCAAAUGGUAAUUAUGUGAAUUAAUACAAUUUAUUUACAUGAUAUUAAUUGUUUUUCUGUUUUUUUUUUCACUUAUUUUCAUGUGUUGUUUUAAAAAAAAGUUAAUUUCAUUUUAUAAUUUCAAUAAGAAUCUGCCACUUAAAUAAUAGGUUGAAACUUUUUAUGAAAUUGAGUAUUGGUUCAAAAUUACUUAUUUCAGUCAUAAAUUAUUGUUAAAAUGUUAUUUGUUUUAUCCCAGUAAUUAACUGCGAUGAAAACUUUUUUGACUUUUCCAUACAAUUUCUUAAAAAUUCCUCUCUUAACUUAGUUAACAAUUUUUUCUGGAUUAUCUACAUAUGAAUUUGACAUUCUUCAUUUUCAUUUAUACCAAUGGGUCAGUUAUUCUUCUAUCGGCUGGGUAUGUUUUUUCAUUCUUGAUUUAUAUAUCUUUCUCCAAUAAUUGUCCGCCUUUUUUUUUCCAACUAACCGACAGCACUGGCGGUUCUGUGUUAAUAUUACUACACCACAAUAAUAAUAAUGAUUUUCCACCUACAGUAUCUUCUUAUACAGCCAAAUGUUGUGCUAUUAUGUCCCCUUAUGCUCAACACCUCUCCCACUGUUUACGCGUGGUCAUCCUGUCCUCUAUAUCUUUCAUAGUAAACACUGUGCUGCUUAUACAGGCCUAUUUGUUUCCUUUUAAUUGCCAAGGCUAAUUGGAUUUACAAAGUUUCAAUAAAAAAUUAAAAUUUUAUUUAUAUUUGUAUCUUUAAAUUACUUGCUACGUAGGAAUUCAAACAAUACAAUUUCUAUUCUAAGAUAUUAAUUGUUAAUAUUAUAUAUAUUUAUCCAAGUUGUUUUUGAUAUUUCUAGAAAAAAAAUUUGCUGUUGGUUCUGGAGCCCAGUUGAUAUCUGUAUGUUACUUUGAAGUUGAAAAUGAUUGGUGGGUAUCAAAACAUAUUAAAAAACCAAUUCGAUCAACAGUGACUGCACUAGAUUGGCAUCCAAAUAACAUGGUACUAGCUACUGGUACUGCAGAUUUCCGAGUUAGGUUAUUUAAUGUUCAUAUGAAAGAAGUUGACCAAUGUCAAAAAGUCAAAACUGCAUGGGACAGUGAUGAUACUCCUGUGCCAAAUUUAGUUGCUGAAUUCACUAAUUCUUCUAGAGGAGGUAAUUAUAUUAAAUAUAAUAAAAAUUUGAUAUUUUAAUUUAUAUGCCUAAUAUUUAAUCUUAUAUACCAGUGACGCUGAACCUAUUUUAGAUUUUUUUUGUUAUGAUAAAAUAUGGUAUUUUCUUGUUAUACUAGACUACCUCGUUUUGUGAAAUGCCAUAAUCAUAUUAUUCAAGUCUCAAAAUUUGCCACUUUCUUAUUAUCAUAAACUAACUUUUUUUUUUAAAAAAAAAUCAUACUUAUAAUUCUUUAUAUAGUGUUUUAGUAUACAUAAGUGUUUUUGAGGCAUCUAGUUAUUAGUCUGCAGGAUUCAUUUAAUACCACAUCAGUUUUUGUGGGCUAAUCUGCACCACACAUGACUUGCUUAUUCUCCUACGGAUAAGCAUAUAGCUAGUGCAGACACUCUUAAUGUGUGAGCAUUAGUCCCUAAGAUUGAUUCUGUAAGUUUCUUGGGUAUAAUUUUUCUCCCCCUAAUUUUUGCCUUCACAGUUUUGCAAUGUUUUUUAUAUGUGAGAGACCUAUAAAGGGUAACACCUAGAUAUUUAUGGUGAGGGAUGUGAUAAAGCUUCAUUGGUUCAUGGUAAUUAUCUAUUAGAAAAAUAUGAUUUUGAUAAUUUUUAAAUUUUUACUGGUUAAAUUCUGAUGCCAUAUAAUAAAUUAAAAAUGAUGACAUGCUAUCCCUUGAAAUUUUUUAUUCUGACAUUUUUUUGUUUUCCAAAGACAUUAUAUUUUGAGUAUGUUCUCAAUUUAGAGGAUCUAUAAAGUUUUAGCUAUGGUUGAUAGUCAAAUGUUUUAAACCUGUUUUUUUCAAGUUCACCAGAAUUUUAUGUCUGCCAACAAUUUGAAUAUAUUUUUUUCCCCAUUUUUAUAUUUUACAAUGUUGCAUUAAGAAAAGUAGAUAUGAUGCAAUGGAACUAGAAUUAAAAGCAUUCUAAGAUUUUACAACAUAGUUUUCCAGAAAUUACAUUAUUUUUUGUAUCUAGAAAAUAAACUUUUGUCUGCCUCAUGAUUUUUCUGUUAACUUUCCUUCUAACUAAUGAGUGAAUAUAAUUUAAUAGAAACACAAUAUUAAAAAAUGUAUAAUAUAAUAAAUUGUAAAUUGUGACACUAGAAGCCAACACGUAGACAUCAACAAGAUUAUGAUAGUCAUGAUUAAUAAUAAACUUAAUAUCGUACAACUAGAAAGUACAUCUACAAUAUAUAUUUAGUCAAACAUUUAUCCCUCUUGUAUAUAUUCAUAUGUCAGUUUUAAUAACAAUUUUAAGUGCAACUGCAUUAUAUUAAUACUCUAUUUUAUUAACCCAAAUUAACUAAAUUGUUUAGGGGGAUGGAUUCAUGGAUUAGCAUUCAAUAAAACUGGUAAUCGAUUAUGUUGGGUUGCUCACGAUUCAUCUAUAACCGUUGCUGAUGUGUCUAAAGGAAGUAUAGUUGUAGACAAACUAAAAACAAAUGAAUUGCCAUUCAUUAGUUGUAUUUGGGUGUCAGAUCGAGCAAUUGUUGCUGCUGUAAGUUUUUGUUAUUAAUAUUUUUUGUUUAUUGAGUAACUAAUAAUUAUACAUAUUAUACAUUUAACAAUAUCCGAAAGUAGUAAAUAAAAUACAUGACAAAAGGAUAAAAUAAAAAUGAGUACACAUUAAAAAGACUAAACUAAAAUUUUAUUACAUUUAGUUAUUUUUAAAUUCACUUUUGUAAUGAAAUAUAUAAAAAUUAUCAAUGAUGAUGUUUUUAUUUAAAAAGCUUAAUAUGAAUUUUACUUAACUUUAAACAGGGUCAUGGAUGUUGUCCAAUGUUAUAUUGUUUUGAUUCUAAUUACAAAGUACAAUUUGUUUCUAAAAUAGACAGUUCUCAAAAAAAAGAAGCCGCUGGUUUGAGGUAAACUAGAGUUCUGCCAAAAAAUUGUGUUAAAAAUUUAAAAAUGUAUAUAUAUAUAUAUUCAACAGAAUCAAAAAUAAAUAUUUUUUCAGUGCAAUGAGAAAAUUUCAAAGUUUAGAUCGACAAGCUCGAAUCAACAGUGACUAUGAACUUGAUACUAAACAUCAAAAUACUUUAACGUGUUUACGCAUUCAUUCUGAGGCAAAUGAUUCUGUUACAAAGUUUACUAGUAGUGGAUUAGAUGGAAAAAUAAUAUUAUGGGAACUUAACGUAAGUAUACUAUACAUUAUUUCUACUUAGUACUAUGAAAAAUUUAGCAUAUCACAUAAUUUAAAAAAUAUAUUUGUAUAUAUUUAUUUAAUUGCAUUUAAUAAUGUAAUAUAUCUAUAUUUUUCAGAGUUUAGAUAAAUUACUUCAAGGUCUAAAAAUUUAACCUCAAUAAAUCUGACAAUUAUAUAUAUGUAUCACUUAUAUUAUGUAAAUAAUUCUAUUUGAUUUCAAUAAUUACUCAUACUGUUACUAAUUAUUUGUUAUUUUAUUAAAUUAUACUUUUUUACAUUAUUUAUUAUAAUUUUAUUAUUACAAGAAUUUUGAUUAUGUACCGUAAAUAUGUUAAACAUUUCAUUUAUUUAUUUUAUUUAUUGUGUUAUAUUAUUAAAAUGUGUUUUAAGAACCAAUAAAUUCACUUUAAAACAAUACAAUAAUUUAAUUUACAUAAUAAUAUAUUU